AUGCAGCAGACGGAUUUGGUCAGGGUGCAACACCAAAAUGUUAUGACCGUCAAUACUGAGGUUCAGCGCGGUAGUCAGGGCCCCCUUUCGAUGGAAGAAGUCUUAAAGGAGUACUCAGAUGUGUUUCAAGGCACUGGAAAAUUGAAGGGGCAGUACAAGCUGGAAAUUGAAGAGAAUGCUAAGCCAGUGGUCCAUCCUCCUAGACGAGUACCUGUCGUGCUCAAGGGAAAGCUGAAACGAAAGGACCUCAACAAAGUUCUUAGGAGGAGCCACUAUCCAACCCCGACAGUUGAAGACAUUCUACCUGAGCUUACCAGGGCUAAAGUGUUCUCCACUGUGGACGCAAAGAACGGUUUCUGGCACGUUGAGCUUGACGAUGACAGUUCACGCUUAACAACAUUCAAUUCUCCCUUUGGAAGAUUUUGCUGGCGUCGCCUGCCAUUUGGUCUUUGUUCGGCCCUGGAGAAGUUUCAACGAAGGCUUAACUACGCACUUGACGGCCUGACGGGUGUAUUAACCAUUCAUGAUGAUAUCUUGAUUUUUGGCGAGGGGUCUACAGUGGAAGAAGCACGGACAGAUCACGACAACAAUUUCCACUCCUUAAUGCGGAGGUGCCGGGAGCAGAACAUUAAGUUGAACCAGGACAAGGUGAAUCUGCGACGCAAAGAAGUCCCAUUUAUGGGUCAUGUGGUAUCAGAGAAGGGUCUUCAAGCAGAUCCCGCAAAAAUUAAGGCGGUGUUGGAAAUGCCCACGCCAACUGACGUGGCCAGUGUACGAAGAUUUGUUGGAUUCACAAAUUAUCUGAGCAAGUUCUUGCCUCAACUAAGUGAUGCAUUGGAGCCACUCCGUAAGCUAAAUUCACCAGAUGUAGAAUGGUUCUGGACUGACAUGCAUGACAGUGCUGUCCAACAAGUGAAGCUGCGGAUCACAAAGGCACCUGUCCUCGAAUUUUUCGACUCAACAGAGAGCCUCACCUCACAGUGCGAUGCAUCAGAUAAAGAACUGGGUGCCGUUCUACUUCAGAAGGGUCAGCCUAUUGCCUAUGCGAGCCGUGCGCUAACCGAUGCAGAGUCUCGGUACGCCCAGAUUGAGAAGGAGCUUUUGGCUGUGGUUUACGGUUUGGAAAGGUUUCAUACUUACACUUACGGUGGAGAAGUGUUUGUGGAAUCAGACCACAAGCCUCUGGAAGUUAUUGUCAAGAAGCCACUGCAUCGAACUCCGAAGAGGCUUCAGCGCAUGCUCAUGCGAGUUCAGUUGUACAACGUCAAACUGGGCUACAAGAAAGGCUCCUCCAUGUAUCUGGCCGACACCCUAAGUCGGGCUUAUUUACCCUACGAUAGAAGCCAGGAUGUCGCUUCAGAGAUUGAGAGCAUCAACAUGACGCAGCACAUCCGUUUGAAGUCGAGUACGCUUCAAGAAAUUAAAGACCACACGCAGAAGGAUAACAGCCUUCUAGAACUGAUUAAAGUCAUCAAGGCUGGUUGGCCUGAAACUAAAGAAGAAUUGUCUCAUCUGGUGUUGCCCUUCUUUGAUGUUCGUGAUGAGUUGAGCGUCUGCGAUGGCAUUGUCAUUAGAGGAGAAAGAGUGGUGGUCCCAAAGUCGCUGCGUCGAGACAUGUUGUAUCGUCUGCAUGAUGCUCAUAGUGGAGUUGUAAGUACCCUUUUGCGCGCUAGAGUAAGCAUAUACUGGCCAGGAAUGAGCGGUGAAAUCAAGCAGUUUAUUGAAAUGUGUGAUGUCUGCAAGGCGUUUGACCGGAAGCAGCCUAAGGAGACUCUCAUUCCUCAUGAAGUGCCUGACCGGCCAUGGGCGAAAGUUGGAGUUGACUUGUUCACUUACAGGGGUCGGAACUAUCUCAUUUGUGGUGAUUACUAUGCUUCUUUCCGGGAAAUCGAUUCCCUUGACAAAACUACUUCGGGGGCGGUAGUACAGAAGUUAAAGUCGCACUUUGCAAGGCAUGGAAUCCCGGAGACGUGUGUAUCAGACAACGGUCCUCAGUUUACCUCGACUGAAUUUAAGGAAUUUAGCCGCCAGUGGAACUUUGUGCAUGUAACAAGUUCGCCAGCUUAUUCGCAAAGCAACGGAAAGGUAGAAGCAGCUGUUAGCUCCGCUAAAAAUGUUAUGAGUAAGUCAAGAAAAGUCAGAACAGAUCCAUACCUCGCUCUCCUCGAAUACAGAAACACGCCUAGUCAGGGAUUGGGCACCAGUCCGGUGCAGCGGUUGAUGUCAAGGCGCACAAGAGCACAACUACCCAUCAUUCCUAAGCUUCUCAGUCUAGCUUUCCAGCCCAAGAUCUAUCAGAAGCUUCUCGCCAAGAAAGAACGACAAGUCCUUGCUUCCAAUAGGGGGGCUAAGAAUAUCGCCGUCACCUGA